CAAUAUUUAAAAACCAGCUCUUCCCUCGCAAGGGACCGAUCAUCUAGAAAACUAAAGCAUAUACGAUGCGUCGGCCCACAAACAAUGUGGUUUCGGGUUGAUCAGAGUCUUUUGGCUGUGUGUUGGGCUGUCUGCCUACUGUAUUGUACUGUGAGAAGGCAGGCAGAUAGGGGGCACCUCACCAAAAUCUCCCGCUCAACUCCACAUUCAACCCCCCCACCAAUUUACCUUCUAACUUCAGUGCAUUUUAAAACCGACCACAGGAUUUAAACAUCUGAUUGCUUUAUUUAUUGAUUCUAUUUUCGGUUAGUUUAUGGUUUGUGUUUUUACACUCCGGGAGGGCAGAAAUGGCCGCCAACAUGUACCGGGUCGGAGACUAUGUAUUCUUUGAGAAUUCCUCCAGCAACCCUUACCUGAUCCGCCGGAUAGAAGAGCUCAACAAGACGGCCAGUGGAAAUGUGGAGGCCAAGGUGGUGUGUUUCUACAGAAGGAGAGACAUCUCACACAGCCUCAUACAGUUGGCUGACAAACAUGCGAAGGACUUAGAGGAGGAGAAAGAGGAGGAGAAAGAGAGUCCGUUGGAGGCAGAGCUGACAGACAAACAGAAACAUCAGUUACGCCACAGAGAACUGUUCCUCUCCCGUCAGUAUGAGAGUCUACCAGCCACACACAUCAGGGGGAAGUGUAGUGUGGCAUUAUUGAAUGAGACUGAAGCUGUCCUCUCCUACCUGGACAAAGAGGAUACGUUCUUCUACUCGCUGGUCUACGACCCUACCCAGAAGACACUGUUGGCUGAUAAAGGAGAGAUCCGAGUGGGACCACGCUUUCAGGCCGAUGUACCUGACAUGCUACAGGAGGGGGAAUCAGAUGAGUGGGACCAGUCAAAGUUAGAGGAGAAGCUGUGGGAUCCUGAUUGUCCUCUCUCCAGCAAACAGAUUGACCAGUUCCUGGUGGUCGCACGGGCGGUGGGGACGUUUGCCAGAGCGCUGGACUGUAGCAGCUCGGUCAGACAGCCCAGUCUACAUACGAGUGCAGCUGCCGCCUCCCGAGACAUCACACUGUUCCAUGCGAUGGACACGCUGCAUCGUCAUGGUUACGACCUGUCCAGUGCGUUGAGUGUGUUGGUGCCGUCCGGUGGGCCGGUGCUGUGUCGGGACGAGAUGGAGGAGUGGAGCGCCUCGGAGGCAGCCAUGUUUGAGGAGGCUCUGGAGAAAUACGGAAAGGACUUCAACGACAUAAGACAAGACUUUCUACCGUGGAAGUCUCUGACCAGUAUAAUAGAGUAUUAUUACAUGUGGAAGACAACAGACAGAUACGUACAGCAGAAGAGACUGAAGGCAGCAGAGGCAGAGAGCAAACUGAAACAGGUUUACAUCCCCACAUACAAUAAGCCCAACCCUAACCAGAUCUCAGUGACCAAUGGGAAGAUGGCGACGGUGAAUGGGGCGGGGCCUGGAGCCUACCAUGCAGCGGGGGGAGGACGGGCCUGCGAGAGCUGCUACUCAAUGCAAUCAGCCCAGUGGUACUCGUGGGGGCCGCCCAACAUGCAAUGUCGCCUGUGUGUCUCGUGCUGGAUUUACUGGAAGAAGUACGGUGGCCUUAAGAUGCCAAGCAGAGCGGAGGCGCCUGAGGAGAAGACCCCACCAAGCCCUGUGCCCAACGAGCCUCGGUCGCGCGGCCAUGGCCCCCGCCAGUCCAGUCACAUGGUGCCGGUGCGUAACAGCGGCAGCCCCAAGUCCUCCACGAAGACCAAGCAGGCCUUCCUGCUGCAGGCCACCCGCCUCACCAAGCUGGCACGCCAUAUGUGCCGCGACAUCAUCAGACUGCGACGCGCUGCGCGGCGCCCCUUUGUGCCCAUUAACUGUGGCGCCAUAAAGGCAGAGUAUAUGUUGCGGGUGUCGGAGGGGCAAGUCGGGCGACCACCUAGAAUCCGGACUGCCCAGAGGAGCACCCUGGCCAGCGUCUUGCAGUUUCUGGAGUCCCGCCCCGCGAUACACGCGCCCCGUUCUCACCGAACCCUCGGCUUGCAAGCCCCUCCCCCACGCCGCCUCCUCUCUUCUCUCCCUUACGGUCCCCACGGCCUUCUGGGUAAACGCAGCUUCCACCACCACACCAGAGCCGAGCCGGAGAAACGCCCAGGUACAAACUCACACACUUACACGCACACAAACAAUCGCACAAACUCCUAUUCAUCUCUAUCGUGUUGUCUCCUGUGUCCUUCUGUAGAAAACCCGGGGCAGACAACAGGACCAGUGCACAACGGCCGCAGCAGUGGUGGCGGAGGGACCAGGGGCAGUGCUAGGGGCGGAGUCAUGAUUAGGAAGCGACGCCCAAACUUGAUCGAUGCCCCUGACGACAGCUUUUUCGUCGUCUCCCGGGAGACCAGGAGGGCCAGACGGCUGCUGUCACGGUCCCAGCUGAGGCGCGCCUGUCGGCAGCCCUGUGAGCAGAUCACCCUGCGCAAGGCCUCCCAGGCACUAUCGCAGGGGCCGCUCCUCGCCCCUCCACACCCCCACCCCAGCCUCAGGAUGAGGGGACCCAUCGUUAUCCACGACUGACCACUGACCUCUGACCCUAUCUCUCUGCCAUGUUUGUCACCUGCCUAUGCUCUACAUGCAAGACCCUAACCCUAGUUUCACCUGGCCCCCGAAACCCGCCCUGCCCAUCGCCCACUUAAGAAAAAAUAUUGUGAACCUCCCGACCCUACGGAGUCUGACCCUUCACCUCGGGAGGAAGUGAUGUGCUGUGUUGCGGUGGGGACAGACAGAAAGUGGUUCCCACCUGUACAGAUUAAACUUCCCUAGGACAGAAACCAGUGUGUGCGUGUGAGAAUUUAUGUGUUUGAGCACGAGUGUGCACGCGCAAGGAUAUGAGCGUGUGCACGAGUGUGUGAACUUGAUGUUUUUCUUCUUCUGUACCUGCUACAUGCCAGUGAGUGGGGGUU